UCUUAUCUGAUCACUAUCUCGCUUUCUGUUUUCCUUCUCUCGAAAAACUUUGCUUCAUUUCUCCGCCGAGAAAUUCUCGAUUCCCUUUGAGUUUUCUCUCUGUUUUUUGCAUGGCAGUUCGCUUGUUGGCGUAUGAGGUGGCUGAUCUCUGCCUAGGCAAGCCGCCGCUGCCCUCGCUGUCCUCCUCCGCCACCGUUGCCGACGCCAUUGCCGCCCUCAAGGCCUCCCCCGAGGAUUUUAUCAGCGUUUGGAGUUGCGACCACUCGUCGAGGAGAAAUCUGGACUGCGUGUGCGUGGGGAAGAUCUGCAUGGUGGAUGUGAUUUGCUAUCUUUGCAGAGAGGAGAAUUUGUCUGCGCCGGGUUUGGCUUUGAAGUCUCCGGUGUCUGUUUUGCUGCCGAGUGUCAAGGGCUUGGUGAGGCACCUUGAACCCUCUUCGAGCUUACUAGAAGCCAUAGAUCUUACCCUCCAAGGUGCCCAAAACCUUGUUGUCCCUAUAAAGAGCAGCACCACCAGCAUUUCAAAGAGAAGGCAACUUCAGAAAUCCUCGGCUUCCAUUAGCCCGACCAUUCACAACGGCCAAGAGUUCUGCUGGCUAACACAAGAAGAUAUAAUCAGGUUCCUUCUCAGCUCAAUCAGCCUAUUCUCUCCCAUUCCGAUGCUCUCAGUCGACGCCCUCGGCACCAUAAGCAAUGAUUUCCUGUCUGUAGAGUACUAUCGCCCGGCCUCUUCAGCAAUUGGGGCCAUUUCACGCUCCCUUGUGGAUCAAACUUCGGUUGCAGUGGUUGACAAUGAAGGUACACUGAUAGGCGAGAUUUCCCCCUUCACUCUGGCCUGCUGCGAUGAGACGGCCGCAGCUGCCAUCACAACUCUGUCGGCCGGGGAUCUCAUGGCCUACACUGACAGUUGUGGGCCUCCGGAGGAACUGAUUAGAGUCGUGGAGGCUAGGCUGAAGGAGAGAAAUUUAGACGGAAUGCUGAAGGAAUUCAUGAUCAGCCCAUUCAGUGUGGACCCGUCCAAUUCCUCCUCCUCUGAUGAGGAAUUGCCACUUCCCACCAAGGCAUUGUCUAGGCCUGACCGGUAUAGCCGGUCGAGCAGCCAGUCAGCCCGGAGGAGGAGGAGGACCGAGGCAAUUGUGUGCCAUCCAGGGAGUUCUUUGGUGGCGGUCAUGAUCCAGGCAAUAACGCACCGUGUGAAUUACAUUUGGGUGAUUGAAGAUGACUGCAGUAUAGUUGGGAUUGUAACUUUUGCCAAGAUGUUGGAAGUUUUUCGCAAACAUUUGGCGUCUAUGAUCUGAUCAACUCUGAGGAGAGAGAUCAGUAUUCUUGGUAGAGUAAGAGUGAUAAAACAAUAGAAAAAGGGAGGAACAUAUUGUGAAUAUGAGCCUGUACUUGGAAGUUUACUGAAGUUCUUGUGAGACUUGAGGUUUCGAUUAUAUUGAACACUGCUUGCUGGUUUGCCUUUCUUUUGACACUAUUUAAUACAAACAGUUGCUUUAGAACUA